AUGUGGUGUCGAAUUGACCAAGCUAAUGUGGACAUCGAAUUUGAGUCUCACGUCGAGAAAACACACGACCCGUUGGACUGGUACCCAUCCUCUACACAUCGACUGCCUCUCGAAUCGACCAUGUAUCGUCUCCCACAGACUUUACCGAAGGGCCGUACACUUCCUCACCUCUGCUCUCACCGAAACACCCGUCCCUUGUCAAGCCUCGGGUUUCUCUACAAUUCCAAUCAACACUCCCAGCCAUCUUCUACGGAUAGCACAACUAGCAACGCUGCUCACGAUUCCCUUCCCGGCUGGGGCGGUCGGCAUGCCCGUGACCACGCAGUUAAACGUCCCGCUCAUGACGUUCAAGCCGAGACUUCACAGCAGGGGAUGAAUGAUCAUGAAGAGAUGAAAGAAGGUAGCGAUGCCAUUUCACGCAGGGAUGAAAGAGACAGCAACAAGAAGGCAAAGGAGGAGCAUCCUGAAGCACCAGAGCCGGUGAUUGGGAUGAAUGAUGAAAGAGGAUCAGUAUGUCGCAUAUCCUCCAUUGUCCUGCUAUGA